AUGCUUACGAUCGAGGCAAGAGAGAACAAACUGUCUGCCUUUGUUGUUCCAGGAGGACGCGUUGGCGCCUUCCGAGGUGGCUGGAACGCUACCGUUGUUGGUAGCUGCGCUCAUCAGCGACGCGCUGGGAGUCGCUGUCGAUCCGCGCAGGUCAGACGCUCAGCGAGGCUCGACAUGAACGGUUCGGAUGUUGGCGGUAUGCAGCCCCGCAGUCAGAGUGUUGAGGAAGAACUCUCUGCUGUAGUGCAGGCGAUGCGCCUUUGGAGGAGUUCCUCUUUCAUGGAGAGACUGCUGGCGCAGGCGCCACCCAGCGACAUCACUUCAGGCUGCUGUGCCUCUUUGCGCGAUAUAGCACUUGCGCGUCUCGGGAGUGCCGCAGCUGAGAAGCGCCUGCCGCAUCGGAAGAUGGAGACCUGGCGCUUCACCGAUAUCAGAGAGCUGCUAGAGACAGACUUUAGGCUGCGAACGCCUCGGGAGCCGUACACAAGCGCACAGCUCGAGCGGCUACGUGAUGCCCUUCACCGUGCGGAGCAAGUGUGCGGAACGCCGACCCAAGGUUCGGAAACGGAACCCUUGAGAUUUGUUUUACUGAACGGCCGGCUUGUUCAGGAACUGAGCUCUCUCGCCCAGAUUCGCGACACGUCGUCGCUUCAACAAGGUUACGUCGGCAACCUCAAGGAGUGCACUGACGGCGCACUUCAGGAACGCAUCGUAUCGGUCAUUCGAACCGCGCCGCCUGAAGCAGGCCUGGGUGUCGUUCCGUUUCGUGAAGAGCCCCGGACACACGAUUAUUCGAGUGGCAUCGCCAAGGUGAACGAUUUUUUCACCCUUUUGAACGUGUAUCUAGGAAUGUCUGGCGACGGGGAUGGCGUUUUCGUGGUAUACCUGCCACCGGGGUGUACGAUUGAUCGCCCCAUGGAAAUCAUCCAGGUAGUCGACGCCGGCGUCGCUGUGAAUCCUCGAACUGUAAUCUUUCUCGACCGCGGCGCAAUGGCGUCCGUAUCCUUUCGGCUUGUUGCGCUAGGGGCCACGUCUCCUGAAGCGCCCCAGCAGCCAAACGAUGCCACAUUCCUGAAUGAGUGUGUCAACGUGCAUCUGGAGACCGAUGCGUGCCUGAAAUUGAGUAUUAUUGGCUCGCAAUCCGUAUCGGAGUCGGUCCGUCAGGACCAACAUCGUUUCUACCACAUGACUGGUCUGUCAGUUCGUUGCGAGCAAGGAACCUCGUUCACCGCGACCAAUCUGAAUGUGGAUUCUUUGGCGUUGCGGCGGCUUGUCAUGGGCGUUGAUCUAGUUGGCCGCCGGGCCUCUUGUAACGUCAACGGCCUGACCUUGCUUCAGGAUCGAGCUCUUGGCGAUGUGCAGGUUCGAGUCAGUCAUCAUGUCGCUCAGUGUGAGUCGAAUCAACUUCACAAGAAUGUGGUUGUCGACCGAAGCACUGCAGUCUACCGAGGGACAGUGUACGUGGAGCGAGAGGCGGACGGCACCAAUGCGCAUCAGUUAAUCCGGAGUCUGCUUCUGAGCGAUGGUUCUCGUGUGCACGUCAUGCCGUUCCUAGAGGUUCUGAAUGACGAUGUGUCCUGCACCCAUGGUGCUGCCUCUGCCCAUUUGGACGAGGUCGAACUGUUUUACUUGCAGUCAAGAGGAGCUUCCAGAGAUGAAGCAAGAACAUUGCUCUUGUAUGGAUUCGUGGGAGAUAUUGCGAAACUAGUUCCGUAUCCCCGAAUGGAGGGUUGGAUUCGUGACCACCUCGUUCGAAACAUAGCUGGACGCGCCGUAGCUCUUUGGCAGGGCGACACCCCCGAAUGA